UCUUCUUAUUGUAAUUCGAUAGCGUAGCACAUCAACAAAGAUGAGCAAACAGCACCGCAAUCCUCAGUCGACCAACGAUGCAAAGCUACUUGUAGAUUGUCCUCGUGGCCAUACUGACGUGAUGAAGGAACAUCAAGAGACAAGAACAGACUUUCCGAGUACAUCCCCGACUUUCUUGUCAGAGGAUGUCUUCACUGGAGAAGACCAAGGGUCUCUCGCC